AUCACUCCAGUCUAGACAGUAACUCACAUUACUUAUAAGCUAAACUGCCAGCAGCAUUAUUACUGGCACAAUAAAGCGACGGAGACAAAGUGAAUCAAAGUUGAAGAAAUACAGAUCAUCAUGUAUGUAUUUUUGUUUUUUGCAAUUUGCCAAUUGACAUCAAUUCUACUGGAAAGGUAGGUUUUAAACACUGGUGAUGAUGAAUCAUUAAUCUUCUUUGAUCAUAGACUGAUGGCUGGCUUAUUGGCAAAUAUAAAUGGUCUGAUUAAGGUUAAACUGACUAACGGAAGAUGGACAUCCUGUUUUAAGAUUUAUUAACAUCCUGUUUUAAGAUUAAGGUUAUAUGUUCUAUAAACUGUUACUUGAUAAAGCACUGCUGACAGAAAUUACAUUUUUUUCAAUGGGACAACACCACACAGUUGACACAAAAAAAGGUCAACAACUAUUAGACUGGCAGACACAUGGAGUUCACAAACAAUCUGCGAUAAUACUAAGAAACUGCACUGUGGAAAAACAUGAAGAAAUCCAGCCAAAUACCUGUCUGGAGCACAGUACAUUAUGGAGUCUACCAUGAAAGAACAAUAACAAGCUUUAUAACUGAUAAUUGAGAAAUGGUUUUGAACUAUUUGCACAGUACAUAAAAAGUAAUGUUCCACAUUUACCACACUCUUUGGGAACAAGUCCAACACUGUAUAUUUAAGUGUUCCCAAUAAACUCAACAGGGCCACCAAGAACGCAGAAUAUGUAUAUUUGCAGAAUUGCAUUGUUUGAACAUAAAACAGUGAGUUUGUCACAGACUGAUCCUAAUCAAAGAACAGGAAGGUUUUGUCUGGGUCAGUAUAUAAUGAAACAUGUAUUUCUGAUGGGCAGCCUUCCCCAUAUUAAGCUCUUUGCUAUGAUUUAACAUGUAAGGACCAUUGUGUUCAAGUUUGUCCUGGACUUUGGGGAUUAAGUAUUUUAGAGCCUAUUUUAUAUUAGUGCAGCUGUGUAUUUGGAAGUGAUACACUAGUAGCAUUACUGAAUCUGUGGCUUUGUGAAGAAUAUCUGCGCAGCUCAUGUAUUACCUGUAACAAAUUUCAUUCACAUGUAGUUCAAAUGAAGAGCAGCCGUGCUGGAGAGCGCACUGCGUGCCUCGGUGUGACGGUGUCCCGGCUGGCUGGCUGCAGCUCAAUCCGCAGGGCUGACCGUCGCACUAGUCGGCCUGGUGGUUAAUAUGGAAUAUUUUCACAGAGCGGACUGCCAAAUCCUCUUGCACUGACGGAUAAUAGGAGCUCUGUAGUAGCGCAAAUUAGAAAACCAGCACAUUUCGCCGCUCUUUAUGGCCUCUGGCUCCGGAGAUGAAGAGGGAAGCGCGGAUGGCGUUUCAUGGAGACUCAUAGGCCCGGUAUCGGGGCUUUCCAACAAGCGCUGCCGUUUAAUGUACUCCUCCCACGGCUACGAGUCUGACGUCUGCCUAUUCUACGUGAAGGGGGAGUUUUUUGCCAUGGAUGCUCGCUGUUCACAUUCCGGCGGCCCUCUGUGUGAGGGGGACAUUGAGGAGGCUGAUGGGGUUCUGCAAGUCUUUUGCCCCUGGCACGACUAUGACUUCGACCUCAGAACUGGGAAGUCAGGCUCCUCCUUACAGCAACAAGUGUAUGAGGUCAAGCUGGAGGAUGGCAACGUGUACGUGAAACACGCCAGUCGUCUCUCCUUGCAGCCUUUUCCUGCAGAUCAGAAGAGUUGAUCCACCGCAUGCGGCUGCUUCCUCCCUUCGAUCGACCGCUGCAGCGAGCCUGGGCUUUUUUUAGGACUUGUUCCACAAACCCAAGCCAUCUGAAACAUUCCUAAGCCUUAUCUGUCACUUUCACAGACCAUUUCUCCUUUGAUUGCUGCAAACUCAGGAUGAUAUCAAGAGGAUUGUCUGAAGAGGACAUGACAUCAUUAAAUUGUUUCUUGCUGGCAUUCCAGUUAGAGACUCAUCACAGAACUGAAUAUGGAGAGCUGUAAGCUCACUGCUUACACACCAGACAGUAGUGAAUAUAUAAUAUAAAAACACAAAAUUUAACUCAGAUAUUAAACAACUAAGCAGCAUAUUUUAUUAUUGGCAGUAUAAAAGUGAAUUCCUGAAGAAGGCAAUAUUAUUUAUAAAACUACAGAGUGGAA